AGUUGUCACCUAGGUCAAGGUCGUAUUUAAAAACAGCGAGAGCGAGGUCAUUACGGUUCAUUGAAGAUUUGAAUUGUAAAUCUCAAAACAAGGAAAUAGCUCUUUGACUGACAAAUAAAGACUGCUUGAAAAUAAUCAGUGUUUAAACUCCGAGAAUGACCAUGUUGAGCUCAGAAGCCCAAAUUCGGUAUAUAGUGCAAUGGUUUCAAGAAUGGAGUGAAUUCCAGAGAUCAGAUUUUCUUCCCAUAAUGGCAGAGAACUAUGCAAAUAAAGCUUAUGUUAAUGGAAUUAUCAACAGCAUAUCAAAUGUGGACUGUAGGGACAAGCCUAUGUCAUUGUUUGAGUGUAGGGUAAAACUUUUCAAAGAAUGGUUUCUACAAUGGACCACAGAACAAAAAGAGAGCUUCUUCAACCAGAUCUCAGAAAUAGACUCAGAAUUUGGGGAAAAGUUGAAUGCUGAAAUCCAUAAUGGCUUGUCUAACAAUUUGAAUCAUGAAGUGAAUGGAGAAGAAAUCUUGGAAGAUUGAGAAUAGGACAUAUUUUUUAUUUUUAUACUUGCCCUAGUGAGAGGUAUACAUGAUGGAAGACAUAAUGAAAAUAAAACAGUGGCCUAUGCAGUGGGGGUUAUUGCUAGAACUUUUUUUGGAACACCUUGUACAUAUAUAUAAAGUCUUCUUUUUGUGUAUCUACCAGUAGGACAACUUUGAGAUUUUUUGUAUUCCAGUACCUUCACAAAUCUGUCAGUUAUUUUAUCUUAUCACCUUUUACUUUUUAUUUAGCAUUUAUUACUGUUAUUUUCCUGGAUUAGAAAAUAUUAUUUCAUGAAAUCUAUAAGCAACUUUCUUGAAUGAUGCUUAUCACUUAAAAUGUCUUUUGGAAAAUGAAUAAUUGCAUAUUGCAUUGGAUUGUUAUACCUAAUACUCUGGUGAUGAAUCGAAUAGUAUUUAAUGUGAUAUUUUCUUAGAAUUUAUUUUUACUACUCUUGGUUAACAAUAUGAAUGCAGUUUAUUUAACAAGUAAGGCAUCUAUUUGUGUUAUGGAAAGUGAAGAUGCAGCAUAAUAAAUUAUUCCACAA